AAAAUAAAAUAAAAUAAAAUAAAACAAACAUGUCUUUUUCUGGGACCACGCAAAAAUGCAAGACUUGCGAUAAAACCGUGCAUUUUGCUGAGAUGGUAUCUGCGGAUGGAGUUCCGUACCACAAGCAAUGCUUCAAGUGCUCCCAUUGUAACGGCCGUCUCGCGAUAAGCAACUAUUCUGCUGUGGAGGGACAACUAUACUGCAAGCCUCAUUUUGAACAGCUAUUUAGAGAAACUGGUAGCUUCACCACCAAAAAAUUUCAAUCAUCUUUGAAGCAAGGAGAACUGAACAGGGCACCAAGCAGAGUCUCCUCAUUUUUCUCUGGCACCCAAGACAAAUGUGCUGUCUGUACAAAGACAGUUUAUCCACUAGAAAAGGUGACAAUGGAGGGAGAAUUCUACCACAAGUCGUGCUUUAGGUGCGCUCACGGAGGAUGCUUCCUAACGACCUCAUCUUACGCGGCUUUGGAUGGAGUCCUCUAUUGCAAGCCACAUUUUGCCCAACUUUUCAAGGAAAAAGGAAGCUAUACACACCUCACAAAAACUGCAUCUCUCAAGAAAAAUACGGCCGAUCAAAAUAACACGGAUACUAAUAUUGAUGGUGAUCAAAACACUAGUGCCACAGAGGAUGAACCUUCAAAUUAAAAAUAAUAAGUGUAUAAGUAAUUAAAAAUAAAAAGUAUGGACUUUUUUUUUUUUUUCUGGUUUGGUUUUAUUUUUGUUCACUUGUUUAUGCUUGUUUUUGUUACAGUUUUUUACAUGUUGGGUGUGGUGUUUUAUGGCCAAACUUGUUAAUUUAUAUCAAUUUUGAAUAUUUUUCUUAUCUUAUCACUGCUUUAUUUAUGUCAUUUUGUG